UGGAGUUGAUAUUUGUCCCCAAAGGCAAGAGGAGAUAGUCAUGCCAGCAGAGCAGACAGGACAGGUGAAGGAGAAUUAUGAGUGGAAGGUGCUGCUGCGGCGGGGUGUCACUCGAGAGGGGCAGUACUUGACAGCUCCUGAGGGUCUCUUUGAUCAUGACCUCUUCUCCCUCAUAUGGGGGCCUUGUCUGGCUGCCCUCAGCUAUGUCUUUGACAAGACCCUUGAUGAUGCCAUCAUGCAGAGGACCAUCUCUGGGUUCAGGAAAUGUGCCAUGAUUGCAGGCCACUAUGGGAUGAGUGAUGUCUUUGACAAUCUCACUAUUUCACUCUGCAAGUUCACUGGACUUCUUCACUGUAGUGAGGUGAUGCAGAGUGCAGAGAAUGUGGCGAUAUGGUUUGGAGGGAAUGCAAAAGCUCAAAUUGCUGCAAAGACAUUAUUUACAUUGGCUCAUCGCCAUGGGGACAUUUUGCGGGAAGGGUGGAAGAGUCUCCUUGAUACCCAUCUUGUUCUCUACAAAUGCAAGCUUCUCCCCAAGUGCCUUGUUGAGGCAGAGGAUUUUGUAGACCCAGCUGGGAAGGUGUGUCUCAUCCAGGAAGAGCUGUUGCCAUCUGCUCAGAGGAAUGAAUCUGGACUCCUUUCUUCAUUGUAUUCUUACAUUGCACUCUCAGAGCCAACUGGAUCAAAGGGUCCAACUGCAGAGGACCAGGAAGCUAUGGAGCAGGCCAGAGAUUGCAUCAGGGAUUGCCACACUGAGUAUCUCAUCACCGAGUCCAAGUUCCUCCGUGCUGACUCCUUCCAAGAGCUGGUCAAGGCAUUGAUGCAAGCAUCAUUGCCAGAAGGUGGAGGAGUAUCUCUCCACUUGCCAACUCCCACUCCUGUGAAUGAGGGAUCCACCAUAUUCUUCCUUGAACUCCUCAUCAAGGUCAUGAUCCAAAACAGGCAAGAUCAUCAAUUCCUUCUCAUUUUUUGCAGAGAUCGAUCACAGUUGGUGUGGGGGAGUGUGAAGGAUCACAUCUUCUCUGUGAUGCAGCAUGGUGCAAAAGAUGAGUUGCCUUUCAUGGUGGAGCGUGCUGUGGUUGGACUCCUCCGACUCGCCAUCCGCCUCCUCCGGCGUGAAGAUAUGGCUCCUCAGCAAACAAUGAUGCAGGAGAAGAAACAGAAACCAAAGAAACUUAGACAGUGUUGGCAAGCUGCCCUCAUCAUGCUCAUCAGACUUAACCUGCCACACCUUCCCUUCCCCCUACCCCCACCCAUGCCUGUUCUUGAAUCCCUGCAAAUGCUCCUGGUGCUGAAGACCUCCUGGCUACGACGAGUGUCCCGUCAGAUCUCAUUUGCCUUGCACGAGCUGCUGAAGACAAAUGCAGCCAAUAUCCACGAGGGAAAGGACUGGGGGAUCAUCUUUGCCCUUUUGGAAGUGGUUGGUGCUGGAGCAAAGCCUGUAAUCUGUGGUCCUGUGGUGAAUCCCUUUGCUGGGAAGGAACGCAACCCUGCCCCUCCUUCCCUUGCUGGAGGCAUGACUGGUGUUGGAUUUGAUGGUGGAGAGGUUCAUUCAGAGUGUGAGGUGCUUGCAGCAUCAGGUGGAGGAGGAAGUGACAUCUCUGACCGGGGGUAUCAGUCUGACUCUGAGCUGUAUGACACAAGUCAUGGGGGGAGCAGGAUCACUGGGUUACCUGUCCUUGCCCAAAUCAAUCGCACUGCCAGCAUGGAUGUUUUUCCCACCUCCCGUCUCCAUGGCUCUGGAGAAGUGCAGAAGGGUCAUCUUAUCUCUAUUCAGCCCUCCACCUUGGUCUUCAGCUAUACAGCUUAUGAGAACUACGGAUUUGGCGAACUAAGAAUUUGGCAUGUGCAGAAUGUGUGUGAUAGGGGGAAUGUGAAUGUGGUGGUGGAUGUGAACAUGGAGCAUGCAAGUGAACAAAGCACUUCAGUGCUCACACUCAGCAGCUUUUUGGUGAGUCCAGAAGGUGAGGUGGAGCGAGGCAGUCCCACCUUGGAUCACAGACCCCUGCUGCAGCCAGUCAACCAAUGGACGAUGGAGCUCAAUUCCCCACUGGCUUUUGAUCCAGAUGUACAUGCUUUCAUGCGCUGCUGUGAGAGCCUUGCCUUCCUCGUCCGGGAUGUUGCCCAUGUCACACCACACAACUUUCCCUCGUGCGUUCAUUGCAUUCGCACAUUUGUUGAGGCCAACCUGGAUGGAGGGAGAGUGGUGAAGCGUGCAGUGACUCGUGAUGGCAAGGAGGCAAAGUCUCGCAAGCGAGCAAAUGCAUCAGGCCGGGUAAAGCAGGAUUUGAGGACACAGGGACGCAAGGCCCAUGUGACCCAGCAGCAGGCUGCAUAUGAUGCUGAUGAGAGUGACUCUGAAGAGCUCCCAUCUGGGUAUCAUCAAGUGGCCAUCCAGCUGCUGGAUCUGAUGCACACAUUGCACACAAGAGCAGCAUCCAUAUUUGAGUCUUGGGCAGCUGAAGGAUCUGCAAAUGUAGAGCUGGAGUCUCUGUGGAGCACAUGCUGGUGCCCCCUCCUUCAGGGCAUUGCCUGCCUUUGCUAUGAUGCUCGAAAGCAGGUUCGCACAAGUGCUGUGACAUACCUGCAGCGUGCCCUGCUGGUGCAUGACCUGCAGACUCUGAAAGCCUGGGAGUGGGAGUCCUGUUUCAAUCAGGUCCUCUUCCCUCUGAUGGGGAAGCUGCUGGAGAGCUCCACCUUGGGAGACCCAAUGGGAAUGGAGGAGACACGCAUGCGGGUUGCAACCCUGCUCUCCAAAGUCUUCCUCCAACACCUCACCCCACUCCUAUCCCUCCCUACAUUCACAGCCCUGUGGCUCACCAUCCUUGACUUCAUGGACAAGUUCAUGCGUUCAGACAAGUCUGAUCUUCUGUGUGAGGCAAUCCCAGAGAGUUUGAAGAACAUGCUGUUGGUGAUGGAGACGGCUGGGGUGUUUGGAUCUCCAGAGCAGUCUCAGAGUCUGUGUUCCCUGCAUCGCAAUGAGCUCUGGAACAUCACCUGGGAUCGCAUCUCCUCCUUCCUCCCUCAUCUCAAGGAGGAACUCUUCAGGCCUCAAUGUGAAGUUCAGAAUCAGGUUUCCUCUCGUCAUCCUGAGUCUUCACAGGCUGAGACAUUUGUGUCUCACGAUGUGGACAUCCCUCCACCUGUCAGCAUGGACUCCAGCUCAACGUUGGUGGAAAGAGAACCCAAGGAACUGUCAGCUCCUGAAGUUGCCGAGAUACCAAGAGAGGACAUUCCGGACUCAAAUGCCCCUCAUGAUCCAUCAACAGUGGUCAUCUCAUCACUCAAUAAUGUCCAGGGGGGAGCAGAAGCAGAUCCAGUUGAAAGCCAUUCACUAUUGGAAAGAUCCCCACCAGCAUCAAAGGACGCCAGGAUGGCACCGAUGACUCCACCAAUGGAAGGAAGGUUGGUGACUCAAGGGACAGGAACAGCUCCGACACCUCCCAUGUCCGUUCCCCUGCUUCUCAAUCCAGAAGUUAUCCAGACUUCCGCUCUACCUGUCUUCUCCCCUCGGGAACGUCUAUGGACGGCCAAGAAGCAGAACGGGAAAAUAAUUCCUCAGAAUACGGAAAGGCGA